GGAUCCGCGGUGCCAGAGGUGCGCAGAGCGGGCUGGGCGAUAGUGCAGCUUUGCGCGGACCUCCUCCCUGCGCGGGCUCUGGUCGGGAAUGUUGUGGGCCCUAUCCAAACAGUUGGCCUGGCCGAGCGUACGGCGGCCCUUCAGGCGGUCCGCGUCAACCCCGAUCUAAAGGUUUUUGUUUCGGACCUCCUCUCCCUCGUCAGAGAGGGCCAGAGCUGGGACCCAGAAUUAGCCUGUGGUAUGCAGAAGUACGCUGGUGUCUGGAGGUCCAUCUUCGCUCAUAGCGAACGGCGCAUUGACGCCGAGCCCCCCUCCUUCGUGUGGGCCCCCGCCCACCUCUCCAUCGAGCAGGCCUUUCAGCGGGGAUGUGACCUCGCG